AUGUCUUGGACCCCGGCAGCAGCUGCGGUGGUUUGGUUCUCCUGUUCUCUCUGUCUCCCUUUACUUUCUGGAACCACGGCCUCUGGUGUGGCUGUCUCUGAUGGUGUCAUUAAGGUGUUCAAUGACGUGAAAGUUCGCAAGUCCUCAACGCCAGAAGUGAAGAAACGCAAGAAGGCAGUGCUCUUCUGCCUUAGUGAGGACAGGAAGAACAUCAUCCUGGAGGAGGGCAAGGAGAUCCUGGUAGGAGAUGUGGGGCAGACUGAGGAUGACCCCUACACCACGUUUGUCAAGAUGCUGUCCGACAAGGACGGUCGCUAUGCCCUCUACGAUGCAACCUAUGAGACCAAGGAGAGCAAGAAGGAGGACCUGGUGUUCAUCUUCUGGGCCCCUGAGAGUUAACCCCUUAAGAGCAAAAUGAUCUAUGCCAGCUCCAAGGAUGCUAUUAUGAAGAAACUGACAGGAAUCAAGCAUGAAUUACAAGCAAACUGCUAAGAAGAGGUCAAGGACCGCUGCACUCUGGCAGGAAACUAGGUGGCAGUGCCGUCAUCUCCCUGGAGGGCAAGCCUUUGUGAGCUACCUCCAGCCCCCUGCCUGGAGCAUCUAGCAGCCCCAGACCUGCUCUUGGGUGUUGCAGGUUGCCCCUUUCCUGCCAGACCGGAGGGGUUGGGGGGAACCCAGCAGGGGGAGGGCAAUCCCUUCACCCCAGUUGCCAA